CUGGGAUUGGACCACCGUACCGCCCCGGUGGAUUUGCGAGAGCAGUUGAGCGUUGAACGCGAACAGUUGACCUCCGCACUCAGCCAACUCUCUCAAUACGUGCCUCAGUCGGUGAUUCUCUCCACCUGCAAUCGUACCGAGGUUUACACCUAUCACUCGGAUGAUGACAGCCUGGCGGGAAGGAUCAGCGACUUCCUGAUCGCAUAUUCCGGUGUGCCGCGCGUAGAACUCGAACGGCAUCUGUAUCAACUCUGGGAGGCCGACUGUGCCCUCCACCUGUUCCGCGUUGCCGGCGGCCUGGAAUCAAUGAUAGUCGGCGAAAGGCAGAUUUUGGGCCAGGUGCGGUCCGCAUUUAGCGUGGCAAGCGAAACCGGUUACUCCAGCAACCCGAUCACUCGCAUGUUCCACAGCGCGCUCCGCGCCGGCCGCCGCGUCCACCGGGAGACCAACAUCGGCCGCCAUUCGCGGUCCGUCAGCCGCGCAGCUGUGCAACUGGCCCGGGGGAUGUUCAGCCGCCUUGACGACAAACGCGCCCUGGUCAUCGGCGCCGGUGACGCCGGCCGGAUGGUGGCCCGGGCGCUGGCCGACGCCGGCGUUCAGCAGAUAACGGUCACCAACCGCACUGCCUGGCGCGCCGAGGACCUGGCCAAAGAGUUGGGUGGCGUGUCUGCUCCGUUCGAAGAUUUAUCGGAAAGCCUUUCCGGCGCGGAUCUGGUUAUCAGCAGUACCGGGUCUCCGGGUUUUGUGGUUUCGACGGACUCGGUUCGGCAAGCGCUGGUAGCCCGCGGCUCUCACGAACCGCUCAUGCUAAUCGACAUCGCCGUACCGCGAGACGUUGAUCCGGCCGUUAACGAUCUGGUCGGUGCACGGUUGUACGACAUUGACGCGCUGGGUCAGCUGGCCGAAUCCGGGUUGGACAGCUGGAACCACGAAGUUGAACGCGCCUCCAGUAUCAUCGACGAAGAAUGUUCCCGGUUUAUUGAGCGAUGGAACUCUUCAGACACCAUGGAACUCAUCGCCUCCAUGCGCCGGCGCGCUGAUUCGGUCAGACGGGCCGAGGUUGCGCGGACGCUCAGGAUGCUUGGCGCCGAUGAGGACAGCGAACUCGCGGAGCGCCUCGACUCCAUGACCAACGCACUCGUCAAGAAAUUGCUGCAUCGCCCUACGGCUGAAUUGCGUUCUGCCAACAGUGCAAACGUAUAUCCCCUCGCCGAACGGCUUUUCGGCGAAGACGGCGAAACGGGCCGGGGUAGUGGGCGCCAAUAG